AUGAGCUCCGUCCUCGUGUUCGCCAUGUGGGCGCUCGUCGCCACCGGGCCAUGCCAAGACCGGGCCUCCACGACCGCCCCCGUCGUGCCGGCCAAGCAGGCGCAUUGGGCGGUGCCGAUGACGGCCAUCCGGGAGGAGAUCAUCGAGGAGUCGAGGCGGAGGGGCAAAAAGGGGUCGUCCUCCGGGGCAUCCUCACCGGUGUCCACGGGGCUCCUUGCUGAGAUGUAG